AUUGUUAUAAUCUCUUAAAUCUUACUUUCCCCAUAAAUACAGCCUGUCUGGAUUGCAUUGUCCGAAGGCUUCUCAAUGCGCUAGCCUUACAGAGCUUCCAUUCUUAUUACUGUCUCCCCAGAGAUCUGAGACAAUGUCUGUGCUUGUAGACUUUCUUAUACUUACAGCUAAAGUAUUUGGCUACAUCAUCCAUGCUCUGCUUCGGUGGGUAAAGAAACCAGCAGAGAAAAGAGUCACUAAUGAAAUCUGCUUGAUAACAGGUGCAGCCAGCCCAACUGGCAUUGGGAGGUUUUUUGCAUUGGAAUUUGCCCGACGAGGAGCAACACUUGUUCUGUGGGAUAUAGACACCGAAGGCAAUGAAAAUGCAGCCAGGGAAGUCCGCAAGCUGGGAGCGAAGGCUUACAUUUAUACUUGUGAUGUGAGCCGGAAGGAAGAAGUCUAUAGUGUUGCCGAGUAUGUGAGAAAGGACGUGGGCGAUGUCACAAUCUUGGUCAACAAUGCUGGCAUUGUAGCUGGAAAGCCCAUCUUACAAUGUCCUGACGAACUGCUGGAAAGAACCAUGAAGACUAACUGCCAUGCUCACUUUUGGACAGUCAAGGCUUUUCUUCCACAGAUGAUCAAGAGCAAUCAUGGCCACAUUGUGACAGUCGCAGGAUCAUUUGGACUUUUUGCCACAGGUUGUCUGGAGGGCUACUGUGCUAGCAAGUUUGCCGUGGUUGGAUUCCAUGAAGCUCUUAGCCAUGAGCUGAAAGCCCAAAGAGUCAGUGGUGUGAAGACUACCCUCCUUUGUCCAUAUUUCACAGACACUGGCAUGUUUCAUGGCUGUAGAAUCAGGCAAGAACUGGAAGGCCUACUUUCUCCCUUAAGGCCAGACCAUUUUGUGAAAUCAGCAAUGCACAAAACGCUUCAGAAUCAGCACAUGAUCUGCAUCCCCAGAAUGCUGUACCUUGUGGCCAUUUUAAAAAAUCUCCUUCCUUGGGAUGUUCAAGUUCUUAUUCAAAAACUCCUGGGACUGGACAAAUGUAUUCCACAAAAAGCUAAAUAAACUAUCACCAUUAAGCAGCUGGAAGGUGAAAAGGAUGAAAAGUAUUGUCCUUUUGCAUCACAGCUUCAGUAGCAAGAUUUCCGAUUCUAAAUGCAGGCAAAAAGGACAGAUGAAAUCAAAGUUGGCAUUCAAGAUUCAUUGGAAUAUUCUGGUUUUGCACAGGUAACGUACAUGCAAGGGCUCUCUUUGUGAGAAUUUAUGCCUUUGGCUAUCAAACAAUUGCUGGGGAAUCUCUUUCAACAUUCAGCAUUCAGAAAGAUCAAAUGAUACAGCAGGUAGAAACAUUUUAAGCACUGACGGAAAAUGAGAGAUUUCCCUCCUCCGCAAUAUUUCAUCCAUUCUUAUUUGGG